GCCUCCCACUCCAAAGCAUAAGGACAGCUCCCUCAAGCCUAUCCAAGCCGUCUCCAAGACCCAAGAUCAUUCCAUCACUUGCUCGUCAACAUGAAGGUCAUCAUCCUCGCCACGCUGCCGGUCCUGGCCGUGCUUGCUGCACCGGCCCCCGCUGCCGAUCCCGUGGAGAUUACCGGGCCCAGCGGAGCCGACAUGGCCGUGAUCUCGAGCCUUGAGCCCGACCACGUUGACAAGGGCGGCGUUACGCUUGGCUCCAUCGUACCGGACGACGACCUUCCGACGCCCCCCGAAGGCUUCAUCGACGACAAGGAGGCCGAGCUGGCAUUCCCACUCAACACCACCUUUGACGCCGCCGAGGCCAUCCUGCGGCGCCAGACCGACGCCCCUUACAAAAUCAAAAAGGGCCUGGCCUACAACAACGGCGCCAUCACCAACGUCCUCUCCAAGCCCGGGUCGGCCACGUGGGCCUACAACUGGGGCGCCGCCAUGAACGCACCCAAGUUCCAGCAGAUCCCCAUGUGCUGGGGCCUCGGGUCCGGAUGCGACGCCAACGGCAUCAACAACAAGAUUAGCAAGGGUGACACCCCUUGGGUCCUGGGCUACAACGAGCCGGACGAGACCAACGCCAACGGCGGCUGCAACGCGUCCCCCAAGAAGGCGGCCGACAACUGGGGCAAGGACAUGUUCCGGUUCCAAACGCGGGGGCCGAAACUUGUGUGCCCGGCCAUCAGCAGCUGGAACACCGACAAGGGCCACACGGGCGGCCCGGCCGGGCUGCAGUGGCUCCGCCAGUUCGUCAAGUCCGCCAGCUCGCCCUCGUACUUCCGGUGCGGCGCCCAGGCCCUCCACUGGUACGGGGCGCAAGGGGAGUCGGCGACCCGCCAAGCGCAGCUGUUUAUCGAUUACAUCGCCUACGCGCACGUCGAGGUCGACAAAAUGUACGGCAAGACCAUGCCCAUCUGGGUCACCGAGUUCUCCCCGCUGCCCAUCGGAAACGUCAACAUGAUGGCCGACUUCCUGAAGAUCGUCAUCCCGUGGAUGAACAAGCAGAGCUGGAUCCACCGCUACUCCCCCUUCAUGGCCGAGCACCUUGUGACCAACGGCAAGCUCAACAGGGCUGGAAACGUUUUUGUCGACACCAAGUAGGAGUUGCGAAGCUGGCGGCUCCUUUACGUUGCCGGACGCUUG